GUUGAUUUUGGGGGCGUCUUUGUUGGCGCGUCUUGCCGUUCAUUUUGAACCCUGCCCCUUCCAUGGAUGCUGUCUUCCCCUUUCCCCUCCCCUCCCCCCUCACCGCUCUGACUAACUUUGUGCGCCCCCUCCCUGCCUGUGCCAAUUGAGGGUUGCAACAGCCUUGGUCUCGAUUGCUCAGCCCCUGCUUGCAUCGGUGCGGAGAGAUUGUUCUUGUGAAGGGAGCUUGUGCGAGGUGAAAGGGUGUGGUGCCUGUUUCUAGCGGGUUUCGAUUAGGCGGUCUGCAGUCUAACGCAGUGCGCGAUUGCAUUUGCUGCGACCUCCUUAAGGGGUUUGCGUCUGAGAGGGCGUGUGAAAUGUUUUGGGGAGAUUUUCUGGGGAAGAUGCCAGAGCAGGGCAUAUUUGAGGGAUUACAUUGGUGGCCACAGAUAUAUCAGGGGAAGGUGUGUUAGAGGGGAGAGGACGCGCCCGGGGUGUAGUUGGACAUGAGCUGUGGAGAGGAAGCAGAGGGCUGUGGGGAUGGUGAUGGUGGGAGAGUGAUUAGAGAGGAUGCCGGAAGUAAGAGUUGAUGUUGUCAGUUUUUAUAUGACGUGGGUGCGGCUGGAAGUAUUAGCUUCGGACUGGUGGUAGUGCAAGGUAUCCAGGAUGAUGCGGAAAAGAGCAAGCUUGAAAGGGAUUUAUAGAAUCUUCCUUCAUAGUCUCUCAAUAUGCCUCUUACUGUGAUCGUUGAUCCCACUUCUACCUUUUGCGAGAAUCUUAUGCGUCUAUUUUAUGAAAGUAUUAGGGACUCUGAGAACGACUCCCAGAUUGUGGAUAGGGACCACUGUAGUUACAUGCAGCUAGUAUAUGCUGCACUAAAUAUGUAAAAGUUGAUCACAAACUAGCAAAGAGAUUUUGAAAUUGAGAAGGAAAUCCGGGCCCAACGUCUGGGCCUAGCGUGCCUUGUAUGGCAUCUGCUACUGCCGCUGCUGUUAGUGGCACAAAUAUGAUAGGAGGUGGAAGAGCGGCUCCAACUAAAGCAGGUUCUAGUGGCGUGGAGUUAUUACCCAAAGAGAUGCACGAGAUGAAGCUAAGGGAUGAUAAGGUUGACCACGGCGAUGAUAAGGAGAUUGAAGCAACAGUAGUUGAUGGAAAUGGCACCGAGACAGGCCACAUCAUAGCUACCACUAUUGGAGGACGCAAUGGCCAACCGAAGCAGACCAUCAGUUACUCGGCGGAACGUGUUGUAGGUACAGGAUCGUUUGGGAUCGUGUUUCAGGCUAAAUGCAUUGAGAGCGGGGAGACGGUGGCCAUAAAGAAGGUGCUCCAAGACAAGAGAUACAAGAAUCGAGAGCUCCAGAUCAUGAGGCUAUUGGAUCAUCCUAAUAUUGUAGCUCUGAAGCACUGCUUCUUUUCUACAACUGAGAAGGAUGAGCUGUAUUUGAACUUGGUUCUGGAGUACGUCCCGGAGACGGUUUAUCGUAUUGCAAAGCACUACAAUCGUAUGAACCAGAGAAUGCCGCUGGUUUAUGUGAAGCUGUACACUUAUCAGAUAUGCCGGUCACUGGCGUACAUUCACAGCGGCAUUGGAGUAUGCCAUCGUGAUAUCAAGCCCCAGAACCUGCUGGUGAAUCCCCACACGCAUCAGCUAAAGCUAUGCGACUUUGGAAGUGCGAAAGUUUUGGUGAAAGGGGAGCCUAAUAUUUCGUACAUUUGUUCACGAUAUUACCGUGCUCCCGAGCUGAUAUUUGGAGCUACAGAAUACACAACUGCGAUUGACAUAUGGUCGAUGGGUUGCGUGAUGGCGGAACUUCUCCUAGGACAGCCUUUGUUCCCUGGAGAAAGCGGAGUUGAUCAAUUGGUGGAGAUCAUCAAGGUGUUAGGGACACCUACACGUGAGGAGAUAAAGUGCAUGAAUCCGAACUACACGGAGUUCAAGUUUCCUCAAAUUAAGGCUCACCCGUGGCACAAGGUUUUCCACAAACGCAUGCCUUCAGAAGCAGUGGACCUGGUUUCAAGACUGCUACAGUACUCCCCAAAUCUGCGGUGCAACGCUUUGGAAGCUUGCGUGCAUCCGUUUUUUGACGAGCUUCGGGACCUCAACUGCCGUUUACCAAAUGGGCGGCCACUUCCCCCGUUGUUCAACUUCAAACCUCAAGAGUUGAAAGGUGCUACUCCUGAGAUUCUGCAACGGUUGAUACCUGAGCAUGCAAGGAAGCAAAACCCGAUGCUCGCGUUGUAAGCGCUGGUUUGGAGGCAAUUGAAAGGCCUUGUUUUUAAGGGGUUUCCCUGCUUAGAGAACCGGGCAACUAUGUGCACAGACAUAGUUGAAAUUGCGUCUUUUCUGGUUUGAUAGCAUUCGGUGCCCAGUCUGAUUAGGUCCCCUGCUUUUCAUACGCUGUGUAAGGGAGACAGAGUAGACUUUAAGCAUGUCGCUGUUACGGACAGGUAAAUAUGGGAGAGUACAGUGUGCAUGCAUGUCUAUGCCAGGUGCGCAUGUAAGUGUAUCCUAAUGUUUCUGGGAGUGCAUUGAGGUGCGCGGCAAUUGGAAGGGUAAGGAGCGGAGAUAUUAGGUGUAGAGAGGCUCAGUCGGGCUGUUACAUAUAGGGGCCCGGCUGGUGCUAGAAGUUAGCGAGUUAAACGGAACGUUGUUAUUUAGGAGCAGAAGUAGAAUGUAAUUUGGGUAGAAGAUGGAAGUUCGAAAUGUGAUUUUAUCAUCCGGAUAUUUGUAUA